AUGCUCCCCACCCUCGCGGUGUGCGCUUCCUUCCUCUCGCCGCAGCUCGCGCGGCCGCCGGCCGAAUCUCGUGCCGCCCCGCAGCCCCGCUGCAGCGUCGCGCUCGCGCUCACCCUCGGCCAGCAGCCGAGGAGCGCGGUUGAGCUGCUGCAGCUUGCGCAGCAGCUCCUCGCGCUCGAGCCUACACCGCUCGCGGUGGCGCAGCUGACGGACGCGAUCGACUACCCCAGGCCGGCCGCCAUCGACGACGCUGGCGGCGUCAUGCCGCGGCUCGCCGAUGCGCUCAAGCGGCAGCGGCGCGCAUGGCUGCUCGUGGCGCUACUGCGGGAAGACAGAGACAAGUAUGUGGAGACAGUCUCCUUCCUCAAGAUUCCGCGGGACGAGCUCCCCAAUCGGCAAGCGUCGCCACACUUUGAGAAAAGCUUCGCCUUAGGCGAGCCGCUGGUGGAAGGUCUUAACGCGGAGGGGCUGGUGCCGGACUGCGCACUGGAGGACGUGCCGAUGGGCGAGAAUCCGCUCGAGGCGCACACCGGGAUCGCGCUGCUUGCACGGGCGGGCGAGACUGGGGUGAGCCGCAACCCAGAGAGGAGCAUCCGCGGGCUGAUCGACGAGAUGCGCCGCUUCAUGUUGUCGGCGGAGGGGGUGGCGGCUUCGUCGCAGCAGGAGGUGCUCGUGCGCACGCUGCGCACGCUCAUGACGCCGGUGCUGCCGCCCUUCUACCGCAUCUUCAUGGGCGGCCUCGUCCCACGGCACGACCCCGGCGACUCGCGCGUGGGCGCGGACCCGAAGUGGCUGGCUGACGGCGUGCAGUGGGUGCGCGCCCGGCUGCCGUUUGGAAGGAGCUACCUCGAGCCUGGCCGGCAGCUCGGCCCGUGGUUCUACGCGCCGGCGCUGACGGCCGUCGUGGCUCCGUACGCUUUUGGUUUCCUGGUCGGCCCGGCGUCGCUCAACCGUCGCGCCGACGGCGAGGUUGGCGGGCUGGUUGUUGAGAAGUGCAAGUUCCUCCAAGAGUCGAGCUGCAAGGGCACGCCUCUCCGGCUCGCGCCCCCCUCCUGUGUCACCACGAUUGCAGACCGGCGUGACAUCGAAUGCCAGUGGUCGUUUGGAGAGGCGGCGCCGCCGCCCGACGAGGACCCGACGUGGCCGAAAGGUUGCGUCGUCGGUUGCACGAGCCGAGAGGCGAUGCGGGAGCUGAGCGGCGGCGGGCCGGCUGUGCGGGCAUGCGAGUAA